UCCAACCCAAACCAUCCUGUGAUUAUGUAAACUUACUUGGAAAGAGUAACCAUUGUGACAGGCGAUAUAAUGUGCUACUGAAUCUGAGCCCUGCUACUUUGUAGUAAUUCAUGGGGGGCAAAACCAGCACACAGCAUUAGCUGGUAAGAUUUAUAUCUACGAUUUCAGUUAACUUCAUGCUUCCCUCAAGCAAGUGAGGAUUAUAUAGCCCUGCCUUCAAGAAGGAAGGCAGUAAUUAAUUAUGUUCGAUAGUUACAUGGACUGUGGAAUGGCAUUCUCCGAUGUGGAAAACCUCAAAGCGUUCAGUCACAUGUAUUUAUUUGUAAUAAAAAUAUAAAGCUUUUAGCCAAUGACUUAAGCAAAGACUUAACUGGACUAUCAGCCUAAAUAGCAAAGUGUAACAGGAGGGAUGUUCAUGGCUUAACAUUCCAAUAAGCAAUCAAACUAAACCCAGUACCUGAAACAGAGGCCGGUGCACAGCAAAAAUGCCAAUAAACACAUAUUAACUCUUACUACAGACAAAGAAAAACUGAAGCAGUGAAACAUGAAGUGUUAAGACUUUGUUUUAUUAGCAUGUUUUUCCUGUUGUCCCUUUAACUCAUUAUUCUUGAGGACAACCUUCAUAGCUCUAGAUGGUGAAGCUGGCCACAGUUCUUCUGUUGUACAAAACAGGCAGGGGCAGGCUGAAGUUGAUUUUCUUGAUGCAUGAUUCUGCUUUUUCAUGAAAACCAUUGCAGAAGAGAGAGAAAACAAUCACAAACCACCAAGUGCUGUUUCUCUUGUGUCUCUGUACCUACGGUCUUGCUGCUGUGGAAGUACAGGCCUCAAAUAUUUCUCUGGUCAUCGGUUUAGGGAAAGGUUUGAAAACUGUGCCUUGGAGCAAGUACGUCUGAGUGACUGAAAAGAAAUUAGAGAGCAAGAUGAGGAAGGAAAAAGAUACGUAAAUGCUGAAGGAUGGAUGAGGAAGGAGACGUGAGCAGGAAGGCAGAAAACCAGCUGCGCUCUCUUGAGGCCUCCCCUUGGGAGGAACAAUCGCAGGAUCAGUGUAAGAAAGAAUCAGGGGGGUGGUGGGUAAUAAAGUGCUGAGAGGUUCUUCUUUAUCUGCCACUCAGCCAAGAGCUUCGGCUCUUCACACUCCGUUCUCCUGAUUCUUAGAGUAGUCUAAACUCUGACAUACCAAUCCUCCAUUCUCCUUCACUGCUUGUGACCUGAAAACUGGCCUGGAGUGGUGUCAGGAGGCCUUUGAGUGAGAGCUCAUGCAGUCUGACUGUCUCACCUUCUAAAAACUUCAUUUUUAAAAACAUGUUGGAUUCAGCUUCUCUCUCUUUAGACAGCUUGGAGCAUGUUUCUAUAGUUCCCCGCAGUGAGUGGGCUACAGUGAUUGAAGCUCUCCUUUCUUCUACAGCUGAGAACAUCCACGUGUGACUAUUGCUCCAUAAGACUAAUGGAGCCUUUAAAAUACAGACUGAAACGCAACAAGUCAGAAACAUUCUGAUUAAGAUCAGUUCUUGGGGUGUUUUUUUAUUUAUUUAUUUUCACUUUUCAUUUCGGAGCUGGCAGCCUGCCAAAUCUGAGAGAGAAAGAGGAAAAUCUGUUGAGGAAAUCCUUUAAUUGCUUGCCUUUGGAAAGAUGCUUUCAUCUGAAAGUCUUGUCGUCCUUAUAAUACUUGUAAUUAACAGUGUCUCUCAAGCAACCUACUGAUAACCUUUGCUAUGUCCAUAGGUCCUGCAAUGCCAGAGCCCUACUGCAGAAUCUUAAGAUUCAGUAUAAGAACCUUAAAUGGGACUCCAAAGGCUCUUUGAGAAGGGGCAAGGCAUGCAAUCAUGGUCAUACCACAGCACAUGCACCUCCUUCCUAAAACCCUGGUGGUGCACAGCCUUGAAGUUACUGAAGAAACAUCACUGACAUUGUUCUCCUUUUAGGAAUUGUCAUCUUGCUAUGAAAAACAACAUCCUGUGAGAUUUUUUCAAGCUUUCUGCCCCAUCAUCUGCUUCAGAUAAGCUGUGCUCUUAGCAAUUGUGGGGAGACAUGACCUUCCGCAGCUGGAAGUGGCUCCUCGUCUUGGGCAAGCAGGACACCUUUGCCAAGGCUUGGAGGAGCAGGAGGCGAGGAGGCCCUUCUCUGUGCUGGAAGCGCUGCAGCCAUUGGAGUGCCGGCAAGUCUCUGGACCCCGAGGUUAGAGCGUUUUUGGAGGAGAACACCGAGGUCACCAGCAGUGGGCACCUCACACCAGAAAUACGUCUGCGCCUCCUCACACCUCGCUGCAGGUUCUGGAAGGAAAAACCUGACCUGUGGCCUUAUGGGGACCCGUUCUGGGCAAUUUACUGGCCAGGAGGCCAAGCCCUCUCCAGGUAUAUUUUAGAUAAUCCACGUGUUGUUAAAGGACGAUCGGUUUUGGAUCUUGGAAGUGGAUGUGGAGCAACAGCAAUAGCUGCUGUGAUGAGUGGUGCAUCGCAAGUCCUUGCUAAUGACAUUGACCCUAUUGCAGGAAUAGCAAUGAUCUUGAACUGUGAACUGAACCACUUGACUCCCUUCCCCAUCACCAUUAAGAACAUCAUUAACUCAGAGGCUGGCAAUUGGGACCUCAUUGUUCUAGGAGAUAUGUUUUACGAUGAACAGCUUGCUGAUGGUCUACAUCACUGGCUGAGGAAAUGCAUCAGGAUACAGCAAACUGAAGUGCUGAUUGGUGACCCUGGCAGGCAUCAGUUUUUAAGCCACCGUAUUCACAGUCAGUUGCACAAAGUCAUAGAAUAUUCACUUCCCGAGUAUACUAGACAAGAGAACAAUGGAUUAACAUCAAGUAUCGUUUGGAGCUAUCAGCCCUCAGAUAGCUUGGAAAGCUGCUGAAGCUGGCUUUCUAAUGAAUUCUGUCUCACGUGGUUGGCUUUUUUAUUUUUGUGUGUAGAUUGAAAAUGGGAAUUAAACAUGAAACACAAGUGUUGAUGCAAGGUAGAUUACUGUACCUUCUCUGUAUUGAUUUUGGUCGUACUCACUGAGGCUUUUGCUCCAUCUGAGGUAAAAACUACAUGCAAACUGUAUUCAAAGGGGCCUGCUCUGAAGUAUAAAUCCAAAGACAAGUAACAUGAAAGAGUUUGCAUGCUUGAUGUUUUCCAUAUAUAUUCAUGUUUUGCUAUUUGACACUAUUGUGAAAUGCAUUGGAUGUCCAGCAUAUUGCUGUGGGGGAAAAGGUGGUGGCUGAAGUACUACUGCACUGCUUUCAAAGACUGCUGCAGCUUAAUUGAAAUGAAAAUUAUUGCUGUCCUUCAUAAAAUUCUCCACUAAAGUAUUAGCUCAUACUGUGCUCAAAGUGCCUUGCUCUUUUUUGAGGUAUCUCUUCUGAAUGUCAGAGUAACUUAUUGACUGUUUUGCCCCCUCCCCUCUAUAAUAAAACGUUUUCUCUUCAUUUAA